AUGGCACCAGGGGUGCUUUCAGACUGUCUCACUUUUGCACAUCCAGGUACAUGCUGUAUGCACAAUAAAGAGUGCAUCUUCAUAACCUACCACAAAGUGGGCAGCCUGCAAUAAAUGGGAACAGCUAAAUAGUGCUUUCGUGCAAUUGCUUCCAAGAAAAAGGAAAAAAAGGAAGAAAAUGAACUUUAUGCAGUUAAAAAAUAAGAGGAUAACAACCAUGUGAUGGCCAUAUCGUAUAACCUCUGCACAAAUGUUGUGUAAACAAAUCAGGAGGUUUGCGCAAUAUAGUAUUAGUCUAGAAGUGACCCAAAAAUGUUGUGGAUAUAGCACACAAGUUUAGUAAUAGAAAAAUUAAUUGGUAUCACUGGAAAAUAAGAAGAAUCACACAAAUGUGAGAUGGCAGAUUUGUAGUGUGCUGUUACUAGAACUGUAUUACUGCAUAGUAUUUGUGAUGUUGAAUCAACAAAUCUUAACAGAAACUUUGAUACAAUUUUGAUAAUUUUAUUUAAUGGCCACUUUAACAUCCCAGAUUCAUAAUGGUGGUAUACUGUCUUGGGCCUGACAUCUGUUGGUCCUAAAGCAAGAGUUGGCCUCAGACAGUAAGAAGAAGAAAUCUGAUUUUGAUUGUGACACAUUCACAGCUAGAUUUAUUUUUCAAUUUAAUAUGAAGCAGUGGUUAUUAUAACAAACAUGAUGGAAGAGUUGCUAGCCCAAGUUUCUGGGUCAGUGUGUGUGGCUAUUACCCAGAAGGCUGGGGGUUGGAAUAGAUGAGUCCGGGGAAUCCCAACGCCGCAAUUCUACGAUUCUGUGAUUAUUAUUAUUCAUUUCAUUUCUAUGCCUUAAAAAAAAAAUCUCAACCUGGUUUACAACACAUUAAAACAUCAAAUAAAACAACCCAGAACAAAACAUUACUGAAGGAAGUCAAAUUUAAACAUGCAGAAUCAGACUGCGGGAGGAGAGACCUUUCCGCGUUCCGCGCCCUAUUAAAUUUGACCCGUGCUCCUUCCCGUAGCCGUCGAUCGUAACGCGCGUGCGCAGGCGGGAGCUGCGGUUCGGAAGGUGAACGAGGAAGGACAGCGCAGGAUACUUGCGUGUGCGAGGAGGACCUUGCGGUUCCAGAGCUUUCCGUGAGACGUGAGUGCUUUGCAGGGGGUUGGUUGGUGGGCCCGCCCGUGCCGGUUUCCUCAGCCCUCCCCCUCCUCCCGCGCGUUCCAGAGAGCGGCGCGUUCUUGGUGCGACCGUUGGGCCGUUGGUGGGGGGGGGCGCGGAGGACUCGGCUGCCUUGGAUUCGGAGGAGGGGAAGGGACGAAGAAGCGCCUGAGGGGGAGGCUUGGGCCUUGGUCCUUGGCUACCCUGCGGCCAGGCCCGUCUCCUCUCUCCUCGGCCUUGUUGCCUUGGGAGGGGCCCGUCCCGUCGCAAUGACGCUAACGGGAGGUACUUGUGAGGGCAGCUGCGCCCACCCCGCCACCAGGCAAGGAAGCUGCCCCUGGCCCGGACAGAAGUUGUUCGCCGCCCUCCCACUUCCUUGCAAAGGACGUGCUGGAGUCGCGUCAGUAACCUGAAGCGUAUGUAGGCUCCUUAGGUGCUCGAAAUUAGGCUCCUCAGGUGCACGGAAGGCGAGCUGCUUGGCUACCAGACGCCCAGGCGGGGCGGAGCCUCUGACGGCCUUCGGGGACUUAAUUUGGAGGCCCAAGGCGAGAAAUUGGCUCCUCGUCGCUUUUGUUCCCCUCUCCAUACAUGGUUGCAGCAUGUGUGUGCAUGGAGAGACAAUGUUAUAUUUUUAAAAACAAAGAGGAGGCUGCAGGCCUUCAUGGUGCAUGUGUGUGUGUAUGUAUAUAUAUGUACAGUGGCACCUUGGGUUACAUAUGCUUCAGGUUACAUACACUUCAGGUUACAAACUCCACUAACCCAGAAAUAUUACCUCGGGUUAAGAACUUUGCUUCAGGAUGAGAACAGAAAUCGUGCUCUGGCAGCGCAGUGGCAGCAGGAGGCCCCAUUAGCUAAAGUGGUGCUUCAGGUUAAGAACAGUUUCAGGUUAAGAAUGGACCUCCAGAAUGAAUUAAGCAUACUUAACCCGAGGUACCACUGUAUAUGUAUGUAUCACGCCCUCACAAUUCUUGUAGCCUAGGAAAACGCUGAAAGCUGUAGGAGUAAAUUCUUAGUUGUUGUCUCCUGGAACAUGGGCACUUGCGGCCGCAAAUCCCUUUAACAAAAUUGUGAAUGGAAAAGAAUUGUGUUGAGCUGUGCUGGUUCUCAAAAGCAUGAAACUAAACUUUGAGUAGCUAAGUGGUAGUUUGUCAGGACCCUCCGUUUUUUUAGGCUUGUGCGUAAAACUGAGUAUAUAUAUAUAUAAAUUGUCCAUACGGUGUGGUAGAUAACGUUGGGAGACUUGACUUUAGUUCCACCCUGAGCCACAAAGUUUACUGGGUGACCUUGGGCCCAGUCUUUUUAAGUUAGCCUAACUUUUUUCCUAGGGUGAAUAUUGGGGAUAAAGGGGAGUGGGACCUUGUACACCACAUUGAAUGAAACAGGAAGAGCAGGUUAAAAUUGUACUUAAGAGCCUGCUGGAUCAGGCCACUGGCCUAUUUCAGUAUCCCAUUCUCAGUGUGACCAACAUGAUGCCUAUGAGAAGCACUCUCAUCCUGCAGUUUCCUGAGAGCCCUUACCUCUAUGAACUUCCCUAAUCCUCAUUUAAAUCCAUCCAAGUUGAUGGCCAUCACUACCUCCUGUGGGAGCGAAUUCCACAGUUUUACUGUGUGCUGUGUGAAGUACUUCCCUUUAUCUGCCCUGAAUCCUCCAUUCAGCCUCAUUGAAUAUCCAUGAUUUUUUGAGUUAUGAGAGAAACCUUUCUCUAUCCACUGUUUUCAUUAGUCAUACCACCUCUCGUGCACAUUUCCUCUAAACUAACAAGCCACCAAGGGUGCAACUGCUUCUCUCACCUUUGAGAGCUCUCAGGUUGAUGCUAUCCAGACCUGGUUAUUAGUCAGUUUUUCUAUUAUUAUUAGGCCGAGAACUUCAUCCCUCAUCACUACUAUAUGCCUCAGUUCCUCAUACUUCCUUCCUGCAAAAGUUACCUGAGGAACAGAGAUCUGCCCUAUAUCUUCUGCUGUGAAGACAUUCCACUUUUCUGCAAUCUCAUCCUCCUUUAGCAUACCUUUGGCUCAGUUGUCAUCCAAGGUACCAACUGCCUCUCUAGCCACCCUUCUGCUACAGUCAUAUUUAAGUAAUUUUAACUUUCAAGCAUGUUGAAGUGGUUUGACCUUGACUCUGCCUUUCAACUUCCUUUUUACCACACCUCUCAUUUUUGGGAAGUUUCCUCUGCUGAAGUCUGAUGUGGCCAUGUUGGAUUUUCUUGGCCAUAUCCAUGUAUAUUUAAUUUAAUGGUACUAUGGCCACUGCUCCCAAUUGGUUAGACAACAGUUACAUCUUGCACCAGGUCCUGGGUGCCACUUAAGAUGAAGUCAAGGAUUGGUCGGUUCCAUGACCAACUCUUCUAGGGCACAAUUGUGUAAUCUAAUUAUGUGAGCAUGUGAUAGUUAGGAUGCAGUUAUAUGUGAGGGCAUCGGAUACAUCAGAUCUAUUCCUCUGAUGUCAGAAGUUGGAGUUUGCCUCCCAGCCACCUUUGGCUCUUCCAAAGUCCUGGCCCAACUAUUGUCAAAGCUGUGACAUCAGAAGAGCUAAAAAUGGGGCAUUCCAGCAAGUGGCUUCAAUCUGCAGCCCAGCGAGAAACUUAGAGAUGCUUUUGAGUGUGACUAAAUCUCUCCCUCUGCUUUCCCUACCACUGUUUUUAAUGGGAGUGGAAACUUAAGCGUAAAAGGAAAAAAGUUAAAACAGAAAAUGGACCAUUCUCCCACCCUGCCAGCAUAAGCCUGGCAGGGCAUAGGGUAAAGGUUUUCAAUGGUUUUUCCAUUGAAAAAUGUUUUGUUGGCACCAUUGUUAUCAAAUGCAAAGACCUGCAGAUGAUCCAGCUUGAUAUCUCUGGCAUGGAGGAGUCUUUAAACAUAGCUAGCUUCAUUGAGGUAAGCUGAUCUGUAGUAGCUGAAAGAACUUGGCAAAAACCUGAUCGUGUUUUACAAGGGUAUCUUGUUGGAGGCUGGGUUGGUGCUCAGUUUCCAAAGACCAAUGGGGCAUGUCUAAGUUCUUUCAACCAUUGAGAAUCUUACUUAUUGGGCAAAGAUGUGUGGAUAAAAAUAAGUAAAUAUUAUGUGAAUUGGAGGUGUUGGAAGAGGUUUUGUUUGCUUACUUAAAUGUAGAGCUCAUCAGGUUCCAUAUUUACGGAUAUAGCCCACUGGAUAGUUUUGUAUCUGAUUGGCUGUAGCCAAACUCACCUGUAGUCUGUCAUUGGCUAAGCUGCUGUGAUGCUAUGAAAUGUUUGCUACCACUCAGUGGAUUUGUAACUGGCUGACUGACCAAACCCAAAGGGUGCUCAUCAAUGGUUCCUCUUCAUCCUGGAGAAGAGUGACUAGUGGGGUGCCACAGGGUUCUGUCUUGGGCCCGGUCUUAUUCAACAUCUUUAUCAACGACUUCGAUGAUGGACUCAAGGGCAUCCUGAUCAAAUUUGCAGAUGACACCAAACUGGGAGUGUAGGAUAACACCCCAGAGGACAGGAUCACACUUCAAAACGACCUUGACAGAUUAGAGAACUGGGCCAAAACAAACAAGAUGAAUUUUAACAGGGAGAAAUGUAAAGUAAUGCACUUGGGCAAAAAAAUGAGAGGCACAAAUACAAGAUGGGUGACACCUGGCUUGAGAGCAGUACAUGUGAAAAGGAUCUAAGAGUCUUGGUUGACCACAAACUUGACAUGAGCCAACAGUGUGACGCGGCAGCUAAAAAAGCCAAUGCAAUUCUGGGCUGCAUCAAUAGGAGUAUAGCAUCUAGAUCAAGGGAAGUAAUAGUGCCACUGUAUUCUGCUCUGGUCAGACCUCACCUGGAGUACUGUGUCCAGUUCUGGGCACCACAGUUCAAGAAGGACACUGACAAACUGGAACGUGUCCAGAGGAGGGCAACCAAAAUGGUCAAAGGCCUGGAAACGAUGCCUUAUGAGGAACGGCUAAGGGAGCUGGGCAUGUUUAGCCUGGAGAAGAGGAGGUUAAGGGGUGAUAUGAUAGCCAUGUUCAAAUAUAUAAAAGGAUGUCACAUAGAGGAGGGAGAAAGGUUGUUUUCUGCUGCUCCAGAGAAGCGGACACGGAGCAAUGGAUCUAAACUACAAGAAAGAAGAUUCCACCUAAACAUUAGGAAGAACUUCCUGACAGUAAGAGCUGUUCAACAGUGGAAUUUGCUGCCAAGGAGUGUGGUGGAGUCUCCUUCUUUGGAGGUCUUUAAGCAGAGGCUUGACAACCAUAUGUCAGGAGUGCUCUGAUGGUGUUUCCUGCUUGGCAGGGGGUUGGACUCGAUGGCCCUUGUGGUCUCUUCCAACUCUAUGAUUCUAUGAUUCCUUUCAUCUACUCAGAGGAAAGCUAUUAUCAGUGGAAUAUUGAUCCACUGUGAACCAUGAGUGAGUCAAGUAGAAAAGUCAAGACUGGCAAAAGAAACUUGCAUGGGCCCCAAAAGUAGGAGAGGAAAGAGCUCUUUGUUAGCAUCCAAGACUUAGGUUUACAUUAUUCAGAGUUGGCAGCUCUGAGGUGUGACUGCUCCUCACGUUGGCGCAUCACUCCUAGCAGUGUUAGAAACUGCCUACACGGCUUGUGGAACCUGGGUUACAGGUGCAAAAACAAUGGCUAAUCACCCUUCCCCUCAAUGCAAACUGCACUUUCUAUUUAUUUUUUCAUAGAGAAUUUAUUUGGUCUUUUUUGUAAUUUGUGGUGUUUGGAGGGUUAUAACCAGCCACAGCAAAACAAGUCAUACAGAGGUUAACAGUGAGACUUAAAUUUAGACAUGUAUAGGACAGUAACAUAGUGUGGGGAUUUGAACCCAGCUCUCCCAGGUCCUGGUCCUACAGACAAUCUACUACACACACUUGCUCUCACUGGGUUGAAACUCUAUUUUUCAGUUUGCAAAGCCACAGUUUCUGUGAUAGAUGGAGCUACCAGUGAGGGACAUUUUCUCUAUUCGUGCUCAUGUAAUGUGAUUAUUUUCAAAGUUCUAAUGUUUUAAUUUCUGUAAAGCACUUCCCUGUAAAUGGUACAGGAGCACUCAUGCAAAUCUUUAAAAAGUAGGUGAUGCUCCACUCUUUCAAGACCAUUAGUUUCUUUGUUGGUUUGCCCCCAUCCCAAAUUACCAUUGCAGCUGUAGUGUAUGAACUGAGUGUGGAUGAGAGGAAGUCUGUGGGGAAUGUUUGCACUUAAAAAGAAAAAAAGAGAUAACCGUUCCAUAUUGAUAACUAGGAUUUACUGGCAUCACUUGCACUUAAAAGUUCAUACAAAUGGACCCCACUUCCGUUUCUAAAAGAUUCUAAUUUAUAGAAUUUGCACCAAUUUAUCUGUUUUUCUGUGACCAGAGGCAAAACAGCUGGAUCUCUCCUGCUGCUCCUCCCCCCAAUUGCUUAUCUGUUUGUUUGCAAACCACAACCUUUUAGCACAUCAAAAGGCUUCCUGGGGAUCAGGCAGAAAGGGAAAACUGAUGCUGUGGUUCUCCUGCACAGCCGGUCACAAACUAUGUGACUGGAAAUCUAAACUUGGUCACUAGGUGGUGCUCCUGUGUCACAGAAAACAGCUGGCGAGUGGUUAAUUUCGAGUGCUGCUCUCAGGUGUUAUGUUUCCAUAUGACAACAGCAUGUACAAUAUUGUAAGAAAAUGUGUCCAGAAUUAGGAUACUGAAGGCACCUUUAGCAACAGAACAUAAAAUACAGUCAUAGUUGGAAGUCAAACGGAAUCUGUUCUGGAAGUCUGUUCGACUUCCAAAAUGUUUGGAAACCAAAGCGUUGGUUCUGAUUGACUCCAGGAAGCUCCUGUAGUCAAUUGGAAGCUGUGGAAGCCCCGUCAGACGUUCAGCUUCCAAAAAUAGUUCACAAACCGGAACAGUCACUUCCGGGUUUGCAGCGUUUGGGAGCCAAAAUGUUCAAGAACUAAGCUGUUUGAAAACCAAGGUAUGUGUAAUGUCUUUGGGGGUGGAACCAUAUGCAAAAUGAUGGUUAAACAGGGCAGACACGGUAACUUUUUGUCCUCUAUGUUGUUUUUUUUUAAAUCAUAUUUAUUAAAGUUUCCAAAAAUAUAAAAAUACAAAGAGAAAAGAAAAAGAAAAAAAGAUAUUUAAAAACCUUACUUUCAUUGCCUACUUUCUAGGACUCCCCCCCUCCCCCCCCUGACUGUAUUCCCCUUUCCUUAAUUUAGUUCUACAAGCUCUCACUCCCAGUUUGAAGCUUAAUUUGUUUAACCCACUAUCCAAAUUGAAUUGUUCAAAUCUUACCACCUUCCCACAUCAUUAACAAGAAAAGAAAAGAUUUUCCCCAAGAUCCACCCCAGUUCCUUCCACGAAUUCCCUUUUUUUUAAACACGUCCGAUCAAAAUAAAAUGACAUGCGUAAGUUAUAUAAAGAAAUAGAAAAUAAGAGAUAUAGAAAAAUUCAAAAGAUGGUUACACAGCCUUUGGAUUUCAAAUCUCCCCCCUUCCCGGUUUGAAUUCCCCAUGUCCAUCAGUCUAUACAUUAUCAGCUUGGAAGUCUCAUUUCAUGACCAGAUUUCUCCCCGAUUCCAUCUUGCCGGUUUUCUUUUAAUUUAUUAAUUUUAAUAAUAUUUAACUUCAAGUGUCCAAUCUAACAAAGGCCUUUAAUUUCCUUGAUCUUUACCACUCCUCCCGUUGUUCUUUCCGUGUCGUAAUCAGUCCUUUGUUCUUCUUAUUCCUCACUUUCUCAGGUUUCUUGUCCUGUUCAGCUGCUAAAACUUUCUAAUUCAGAAAUCUGGUAUCUCUGCAGAGGUUUGUUAUUCAGGAACAAAAACUUACGUCCAGUCCCUUCCUUUCUUCAAUAGAAAAUUCUAUUGUCUCCUUUAAUGUAAAUACCUCUGUAGACAAAAUACUAUUUCAGUUUUGCAGCUUUCCCAGAAGAUAACAAGUCCUGUGCGAAUCCCAGAGUAUUUUUCCACUUACGACCGUUCUUGUAAUAUCCCGAAACCCCUCUAGGGGGAUUGUAAUAACUUUGUAUCCUCUAAUCCAAAAGUCAAAUUGUUACUUAUUUUCCAACAAUUUAUAUCCAUAUUAUAGCAAAUUGUAACAAAAUUAACCAGCAAAGUCCUUCUUAACAAAGUCCUCUUUAUAUUCUCCAGCUUUGACAGCCACUUUGACAGCUGUCAAAGUCUCCGUCUCUCUUCACCAGGCUCCACGAAUCGCCCCGGUUCCCAGGGGGGUUGCAUUUUCUUCUCACCCUCCACUCUUCUCCUCCAGCACAGUUCUUAUAAUUUCCCAUCAUGAAAUUAAUGAUUUUUAUCAGGAGUAUACUUCCCUUUGGACCUUGGUUACCCAGUCCUUGUUUUGGAAUGCUUACAAUAGGGGGGGGGAUUGACUUCCUUUUUAAAUCGCCCCCGCUCGUGUCAAAUCCGAAAUUUUGAACCCGGUUUCCCAAUUACUCACGGGUUGUUGUUAAUAGUCCAAAUUUUCAAUGGAAGAAGUCAGCGCUCUCCGUCGAAUGGCAUGCGGCUGCGCUCGGCAGGGAAAGCAGAAGACUCAAAGCACCACGCCGCCCCCGGCACCCGAUCCGAAGCCUUUAAAAAGGCUCCUUCACGAGUCGGGAGGGCGCUAAUGGUGCAAGCCGAGUCACCCAUGUCCACGGGCUCCGUGCCCGUGGUUUUUAAGGGUCCCCGCGUCGCCGGCGCGGUAGGACCCAGCCCCUGCCGAGCAGACUCCCUCCGGAGCUCGGAGGGAGUCCGCCAUUCGGCGAUGGCGCCAACCCGGAAGUCAACUUUUUGUCCUCUAUGAACCAUAACUGGGAUAGCUUGUAUAUAGCCAGCUCCAUCAGGCCUCCUCCCUUAAGUCUCAUUUGGAAGCAGCCAUUCUAUUAGUGGGAGAGAUGGGAAGCAGAGCACUCCCAUAAGCUCUGCUGUAAUUGGCCAGCUCUGUUAAGCUGCCUCUCUCAACUGUUACUUAGGUGGGAAGGCACUCCAUCAGACUGCCUCUGGGGGAGAGAUAGGAAGCGCAGUUUGUUCCAUCAGUUUGGUCAAAAGCUUAGCUCCAUCAGGCACCUCCUACCCGAAUGGAGCCUAGUGGUCACUAUAACGACAAAUGUUCAAUAAUUGGCGCCUGAGUUUGAGUUCCUUCUGUCACUGUCCCUUUCCCCUUGUAUAUUGUGUUUUUUUACAUUGCAAGCCUGUGGGCAUGGACUGUCUUAUUUUCACUGACUGUAUGUAAGCCACUCUGGGAGUCUUUUUGGCUGAAAAGGGUUAUAAAUCCUAUAAAUAAAUAAAAAAGGCUGCUUAAUCGCCCUUGGUCUUCCCCCUGCUCCACACACCCAUUUGUUCCUAUUGUGUGGGCAAAUGAUGCCUUGCAUCCAAAAGUGUAAGGCUAAAAUUAAGUCUACAAGUAAGACAUAUUAUUGAAGUGAUAAAGGUUGUAGAGCUUCUAUGCAUGCCUCAUUAGAUAUUUAUUGAAAAUCUAAGAAACAGGAAUUUCUGAGUAAUUUGGGGAGCUAUAUAAGUGACUUCCUUGCCUAUGAAGCUUGGCUCAGCUGCAUAGGGUUUAGAGAUUUGAAUAACCACAUCUUUGUUGCUGCUUCUUUUCACUGUUGGUCGUAGAGAUGCUUUUGUGACAGCACGCCCUUGCUAAAUUUUCUUUGAUUUGCCUUUUUUAGGAGAAAACAUCACCAUGUCUGCUGCUUUGCUACCCAAGCCCCAGAUGAGAGGCCUCCUGGCCAGUCGUCUAAGAAAACACAUUGUAGUGGCUUUCCUUUUUUCGAUGGGAUGUGCAGCUGGAUACAAGGUCAGAAUGUGGUGCAUUAAGAAGUUAGUUUGUGAGUUAGUUCUUUAUUAAGACUGUCUUAGUGAGAGGAUGCAACUUUUUCCAGUAAUAACUUGCGGUCUUAUCUCUUUCUCUUUAGUUUGGUGUGGCUGAACCAAGGAAAAGAGCAUAUGCUGAGUUCUAUAAAACCUAUGAUGCCAUGAAGGAGUUUGAGGCCAUGAGAAAAGCUGGGGUGUUUGAAAGUGCACCACCCAAAUGAUCAUGAGUAGGUAUCUGAAAACUUUCCGUUGUCUAACCUUGGCAGAAGAAUAUUACUUUUUGACUAGGUAUGGUGGAUGUUUUGUCUUAGCUCUGUAUCCACCAGAUCCAUCUUACGUACUUAUUAUCAAUAGAUAGCCCUGCAAUGUUCUACUUUUUAGCUUUUGUGUUUGAUUGCAUCUCUACUAAAGACUUACUCAUCUGAACCUAUUUAUUUAUAGAAACAUUUAUAUAUUGUCUUUUCAGUCCCCAUGAUGGGGCCUGCUAUCUUUCCCUGUCCCUUGGCCUAGCCCCCUUACUUUUUAAAAUAUUUGACCUCUUUUUCUGGAAUACCUAUGCUGUAUUGCUGCUUUUGCCUUCCUACCCACUUUUCAAAACCUGUUUUAUUCAAAGCCCCCUAGUGGUAGAACUGUUAACCAUGCCUGCAGUGAGGUGUUUAUCUGCAUAUGUGUAUUACACAUUUGUCUCUGUUCACAUUGGUUUGUUCAACUUGGUCUGUAAACUCCUAUAUCUAUUACACAAUACUGGUUUUCAUGGGGCGUAAAUAUAUAGGUGAAAGCAUCCUGUUGCUCAUUUUAGACAAAAACCUUUACAUAAGUGGCCUUGAGAUUAAAAACAGAUUCAUUUUAUAACUUGUUGUUUCUUCCUUUUCAGACUCUCCUCUCCGGAUACCUGACAACUGA